AAGCCGAGCGUCGACCAGAGACACCGCAGCGCCUCAUUGGUGAGAGAACAUCCAUCCUCCAGGACUCUCGCGGUACUGCUGCACGAAGAUGGCGGCCGAACUGGUGGAAGCGAUGAACAUGGUCAAAAGUUUCCGGGUCUCGGACCUGCAGACGCUGCUGGCCUCGAUGGGCCGCAGCAAGAGCGGGCUGAAGCAGGACCUGGUUGGUCGGGCGCUCAGGCUGGUGCAGACCGAGUACAGUCCGGAGCUGCUGAAGAACGUCAGGCAGCUGUACGAGUCGCGCUUCCCCAAGACAUCCGGCUGGCUGGCAGCGCGGCGUCCAGAGGGCCUCCCGGUCGCCUACUCCUCCUCACUCAGCUCCUCUCCUACAGCCACCUCUCAGGGCGCAGACUACCUCAAUGGCAUCUCCAAACCUAUCGCCGCACCUGUGGCCGAGGUCAAGCCGGUGCCCCUGCCCUUCUACCAAAACUUGGAAACACUGCUGCCACCCACAGAACUGAUUGCCCAGAACAACGAGAAGUUGCAGGAUAGUCAGUGCAUAUUUGAAUUAACACAGAGCCAAGCAGACCAGAUCAGGAAUGCCAGUGAGCUCCGUGCAGGAAUAAAAUCAAUCCAAGUCGUGCUUAGAAUCUGCUACACAGACUCUAUUGGUGUCCAGGAGGAUCAAUAUCCACCUAAUAUCGCAGUCAAAGUCAACCAGUCCUACUGUCACGUACCAGGCUAUUACCCGUCAAACAAGCCUGGGGUGGAGCCACGACGGCCCUGCCGACCUGUUAACAUCACCCCCUGGCUACACCUCUCCACAGUCAGCAACAGAGUCACCGUCACUUGGGGCAACUUUGGCAAGCGUUACUCGGUGGCGGUGUACCUGGUCAGGGUGUUCACCUCAGCAGACCUCUUCAGCCAGCUGAAGCUCUGUUCUGUGGAGAGCGCCGAGCGAUGUCGGGAGCGCAUCCAAGACAAACUACGGUACGACCCAGAGAGCGAGAUUGCGACCACGGGACUACGGGUUUCUCUCAUCUGUCCACUGGUGAAGAUGAGGCUAGGCGUUCCGUGCCGGGUGCUGACCUGCGCCCACCUCCAGUGCUUCGACGCCGUCUUCUUCCUGCAGAUGAACGAGAAGAAGCCAACAUGGACCUGCCCCGUCUGUGACAAGCCCGCCCCCUUCGAGCUGCUCACCAUCGACGGGUUGCUGUCCGAGAUCCUGAAGGAGACACAUGAAGACAUUGAGGAAAUAGAGUACCUCACCGACGGCUCCUGGAGACCAAUCAGAGACGAGAAGGAGAGGGACCGAGAGCGAGAACGCAGCGACACACCGGACUACCCCGUGGUGGAUAUCUGCGCGCCGGAGGCCAACGGCCACUCCCCGGCCCACAGCAGCACCAGCCUGACGGGGAAGUCCACCAACGGGUCGGUGGGGACGGCGGCGGCGGCGCCCGGGGGCGGGGCCGUGGUGGACCUGACUCUGGACUCCUCCUCUGAAGAGGAGGAAGGGGGCGUGGCUGCGGGGGACAGCGAGGACACUGAGGACAGCACCGACAGCCCCGCCCCCAAACGCGGCCGAUACAACUACGACAAGGACCUGGUCACGGCCUACUGACGGGCGGAGCGCGACGGCCCUCCUCCCCCUCCAUAGACUGAUGUGCAGAGUAAGGGGGGUGGGAGGGGGGGGGUGGGGACACGUUGGUGGGGUGGGGUGGGGUAUACAGUAGUCUCCUAGAUCCAUUCCCUCAUGCCCAAACGUCAGAGCCUCUUGCGUAUUCCCCGACAAAACACAAACUCGCCGACGGUCCGGUCGACCUCCAGUCUAGAGCGGAGAGCCACCCACUGCGCUGGAUUCAACGGCUCUCCUGGCCUCAUCCUGGCGGUAACCUCCUCCUCCUCCGCCCUCGUCCUUCGCCGUGACCACCGUCUCCCCUUAAGACUCACCGGGUAGAGUAACCCCAGCCACAGCCUCUCCCUCCUCUCUCUCUCCAAACCCGAUUGGUCCUCCCUGCCCGCCUCCCCUACCACCACCCGUCCUCCUGCUCCUCCUCCUCCUCCUCCUCCACUACUUUGUAUUCGACUUGGACUUACGGGCUCUUUUAGCCGUGUGUGUUUUCAACGUCUGCGUCUCUGCUUUUUCACAUUUAUGACAAACGGGCAAGUGGAAGAGAGUACACCAGGGAGCCUGGGGGCGGGGCUUAACCACUCGACGGCGGCUCCGGAGGCCCUGAGCGUCCAGGGUUCGCGAGACUGAGGGGGGGGGGGGGGGGGGGGCGGGCGGUUUGAGGCCAGGCUAACCCUCUCUCCCAAGCGCGGUGUUCGGGUGUGUGUGUAGUGUUGGCAGCGGAUUCAAUUCUUGAGAGGUUUUUUUUUCCGGAACCUGUCCCUUUUUAAUAACAUGGGCACAAGAAAAAACCUCCCCCCCCCCCCUUCCGUGUGACGCUUUCCAUAGUUCCAUUGUCCGUAGAUUCAGAGCACCUACCUCAGUCAUUAAGAACUUAGCAGACUGACCAUAGACUAGCUUAGAAGCAAGAGUACAGAGGAGACGACGGGUGAAGCCAAUUUAACACUGGAGAUCUUUUAUUUUGUUUAUUUAAUUCUCUUGAUGUCCCAUUCAGCUUUUUCCCACAGCGGCGACCACUGCUGUAAAGGUUAAGUUGGUCAGGCUCAUGGCCAGACGGCCACGGCAGGUUUGAGUUUCAAGGGUUUGCGAGUAGGGUCGAAACAGCAGAACGUCGGUUGGGAUUUUCGUAGUUGGCUACUUGGCUAAGCUACUUGGUCAAGCGACUUGGCUAAGCUACUGUCCACAAAACUUGAGCGACGGUGGAGCCAAAGCAGGUAUGUUUCGUUGCGUGUGGAUGGACAUUUAAAUGGACCGAGUUAGAGUUUUUGGUGCCUUUUUCGUUGAGUCUUUGAAUGGAGGUUGAAGUUUGUGAGGUGGAGUGGAGGCUACCGUUUUGAGGCUGGUGGAGCUGGCCAGUAGAUUGCGCUGGACUCUGGAAAAUUUGCUUUACCUGUGCUUUCUCUAUUUGAGUUCAUUUUAGUUUUAUAUAAUGGCGAGCUCCAAAGGCGACGGUGGCUGCGGAGAAGUAUUUACAAGUGCUGGCACCCUUUCAAAUUUUCUGAUUUCGUUCAAAAGUAUUGUAUUUAUUUAAUUUCUUCACCAUUUAACUUUUGAGAUCCAUUGCGGUUCGAGUAAUUGUACAUACUCAUCAACGGCAGAAAUAACCACCAGCAACAGCAGCAUCCAUCAGAGCCGAAGAAAUCCGUACACUGCUGAUGCGACGAUGUGAGUGUGAAUCGGGGGAAACGGAUUCGAGCAGGAGCCAGGCUAACCGUCGUCCUCCCCCCUCGACAGUGAACCCUCGUGAGAAUAGUUCUUCUCGUUCUCCUAGCCCGCUCAUGGCUGCGUAAUGCUUCACAGGUCGCUGGUGUUUGUUCAGAAAACACCGCAAGUUCUCCACGCAGCGCUACCACUGCACUUUGACUCCAGACACUCGGACAGACGAGACAAGUGCGUGGCGCACCACUCCCCUGCUCAGAAGUCUUUAUUUUUUACCCCUCUUCCCGCAUUGGGCCUCUGUUACACUUGCAUCAACGUGGUCCGUGCCAUUAACGGCAAGUGAAGUCAAGCCAGUCUUCCAUUUCUCUUGUUUCUUGGUUUGACUCGGAUUAGAAAUCACUGCAGCACUGAUGAUAGUGAUAUUAUUUGUUAAGCCCCACACACACGCACACGCUCGCUGACCCCUUUGGCUGCACUACACCUGUCCCUCAAAGGCUUAUCCGAUGUAAACAGGUGGACAACACAAGGGUUAAAACUUAAAUCUCGCCAUACCCAGCUGGUUCUGCUUUUUAUUUUAAAUUAGGUAUAGAAUACCAUUGGAUUGAAAUGGUCCUGUAAACCUUUUGUUUUCUCAUGGUUGAAGGUAAGAUGUGGAGUGGAUUGCUUCUGAGCCGGGGUCAUCUGCAGAUUGUCACUGACGGAGAGUGGUGUGGUAGGGCAGAAGAAUCAGGUCUUUUGUUUUCAUAAAAUCUGUUCUUAUUAUACAAAAUGCAUAACGUAGCAUGGGCAAAGGCUUACAAUCCAUGAUGUUAAUGUUCUUUUCAGUUUGUCUUUUUAUAUGUUCAUAUUAAGACGAAAUCUAAAUAAUAUUUUAUUAAGCUUGGAAUCGCCUCCAGUUGUUCCGAAAGACAAACGGUAAUUAAAGAGGAUGUCGUUGGUACCAGUGUUGGAGUCGAGCCACUAGGUCUCUGAGGAGCGAUUGUGCUCACAGUGUAGAUUGUUUAUAUCCUGUACCAAAUGCUUGGAUCUUAGGGACGCGUGUGUCUUGAUGAAGGGGGAAAAAACUGUACAAUUUGAAAUGAUCGUAUUCUAACACCUGUUAUUGACGCGUGGAAUUAAUUAAAAACAAUUUUUAAAAACUUGA